CCGUCAUUAUCUAAUUUUCGACAAUUACGAUUGAUAAUUAUUAUUUAUUUAAAAAGAAGUGGUUAGGAUGAGCGCUCGCGGAGAGAAGAAAGACGAUAUGGUGAGAAGAUUCGUUUAAUUUCGUGUAGCAAACUGAUAAUCGAAUAAAUUUAUCUCAGAACGACGAAGACAAGAGGUUACAAGAAGAUUUAUUGCAACUAGUCGACGUAUUGAUGGUAAGAAUUUAAUAUUAUUCCAUACGGACGAGUGACGAUCAUUAGGAAUAAUAAUGUUUCUGCGCUCAAGGGAAAAGACGAAAAGGCGAUGGCACGUGCUCUGAUACAUCUCAGAAUAUUAAUGCAAACCUCGACCACUUCGAUGACCUCGGUACCAAAGCCAUUAAAAUUUCUUAGAGAUUAUUACGCUCGAUUAAAGGACGCCUACUUCAAGAUCGAAAAAAAUGACGACAUUAAGAGACAAUUUGCCGAGAUUUUGAGCGUUUUAGUUAUAGUUGGGACGUCCCCGGGCUCGAGAGAAUGUUUAGAUUUUUGUAUAAAAGGAGCGGUCAGGAACCCUGGCGAGUGGGGCCACGAAUACGUCAGACAAUUGGAGGCAGAGAUCGUCGACGAAUGGACCAGCGCGCCGAUCAAGGAAGAAGAGGAUAUCAGGUCACAGCUUACGCCCUUGAUCGAGAGCAUAGUAAAGUUCAAUAUGAAACACAAUGCCGAGAUACAAGCCUGUGAUUUGUGCUUGGAAAUUGAUCAAAUGAAUUUCCUACACGAUUAUUUGGAUUCCAAUAACUUUUCGAGGGUGUGUCACUACUUGACGAGUUGCGCUGCUUACAGCGAAGACACCGAGAGAAAACAAAUAUUGGAAUUCGUAUUCGAUCAGUACAUGAGAUUCGGAGAGUAUAGCAAAGCUAUGUUGAUUGCGUUACAACUGGCCAAUCCGGAUUUGGUGUUCAAGUGUCUCUCCACGUGUCCAGAUCCUUUGAUACGAAAACAAUUAGCAUUUCUGAUUGCGAGACAACAGAAUCAUUUAAUGAAGAAGGAAUAUCAAGAGGAAGACGCACAGGAUAUCGAGACUAUACUUAGCAAUGGACACGUCAAUGGCCAUUUUCAAAUAUUGGCGAGAGAAUUGGACAUAUUGGAGCCUAAACUACCGGAAGAUAUUUACAAAACCUGGUUGGAGACAGGAAUGAGAAGAGAUAUCGAUUAUGAUUCCAUUAGAUCCAAUUUGGCUUCUAGCUUCGUCACGGCUUUCGUUCAUGCCGGUUUCGGCGAAGAUAAGCUCAUGGCGAAUACCAAAGACUGUUGGGUGUACAAAAACAAGGGAUAUACUAUGCUAUCGGCAACCGCGUCCUUAGGUCUGAUACAUCUUUGGGACGUGGAUGGUGGAUUAGUACCGAUCGACAAAUAUCUUUAUACGAGCGACGAUUACAUCAAGUCAGGUGCUCUAUUGGCAAUCGGAUUAGUAAACUGUGGAGUUCGAAAUGAAUGCGACCCAGCCUUGGCUCUAUUAAGCGAUUAUGUUCUCUCUACAAGUGAAAUUCUACGAAUUGGUGCGAUCUUAGGAUUAGGUCUGGCUUAUUCCGGCUCACAACGAUCCGACGUUGCGGAACUUUUGACAUCGGCGUUAAACGACAAACAAAGUAAAGUCCUGAGUUCCAUGGAGAUUAUCGGACUUUCGGCGAUUGGUUUAGCUUUGGUCUACGUAGGUACGGCCAAUUCUGACAUCUCCUACGUCAUAUUGCAGAAAUUACUAGAACUUACGAUCGAGCAAUUGGCUAAUACGCAUUACAGGUUCUUGUCAUUGGCCUUGGGAAUACUUUACAUGAGUUGCCGGGAUGUUAUAGAUACUCCAUCAGCGGCACUAGAAGUUUUACCUGAACCAUAUAGACUAGCUUGUCAAACUAUGUUACAGUUCUAUCGAAUACUUCGACUCGAGAUUUGCGCAUACGCUGGAACCGGCGACGUCCUUAUCGUCCAAGAACUCCUACGAAUUUGUUCGGAACCCGUCAACGGCAAGGAAAGUAUUUACGGCACACCGAUUACGACUCCUGUUGCCAGUUGUUGCGAUCACGGAAAACGCGUGGUUUCUAAUCCAACGACAGAAGAUAAUCAAGCGAAGAACAAGACUCCGAAUUCCAAAGAAAUCGGAAUAUCGCAAGCGAUAGCUUCCCUCGGAGUUGGAGUGGUUGGUCUCGGCGAAGGUAAAGAAAAUUCGAGGAUCUUCGGACAGAUAGGACGAUACGGUCCGACCCAAGCUAGACGAGCGGUACCCUUGGCAAUGGCCCUUUCAUCUCUUUCCAAUCCAGAACCCGCGCUCUUAGAUGUUUUAAACAAAUACAGUCACGACAAUGACGUGGACGUUGCCCACAAUGCGAUAUUAGCUUUAGGAUUGGUCGGUGCUGGGAGUAACAAUGCGCGAUUGGCGACCAUGCUUAGACAAUUAGCUGCCUAUCACGCCAAAAAUCCUUCACAUUUAUUUCUCGUACGAAUCUCUCAAGGUCUCGUGCAUUUAGGAAAAGGUACGUUAUCGUUAUCACCCAUGCAUUAUUCAUCGAGAAUCUUGGAUCGAACGGCACUGGCUGGAUUGAUGGUGGUUCUGGUUGCAUGUUUGGAUUGUAGGAAUUUGAUAUUGGAUAAAUCUCAUUACUUGAUGUACUGUUUAGCUACGGCCAUGGAACCACGAUGGUUGGUCACUUUGGAUAAGGACCUCAAGACACUUCCUGUUUCCGUGAGAGUUGGCCAAGCCGUGGACAUCGUUGGUAAGGCUGGCAAUCCAAAGUCCAUAGCUGCUGGUAACGUUCACACGACUCCAACCCUUCUGACGCAUAACGAAAGGGCGGAAUUGUUGUUGGACGAAUACGAACCUUUGUCCAGCAUGUUGGAAGGGUUUGUUAUUUUAAGAGAAAAAACAGAACCUUCCUAAACGGAUCCUUUGAUCUUUUUAAAUAAAUAUUGAAAAACUUUCUUCCCUCACGAAGCUAAA